CAGUUUAUGACGCCUUCAGCGACACGUCAACCACACGGAAGAAGAAGCAGUCUAAGCAGCACUACUGAAAUACAGUAUACACUGUAGCAUCGUCGAGAUGGGUGGCUUCUUCUCAAGUCUCUUCUCUGGCCUGUUUGGCACCAGGGAGAUGAGGAUCCUCAUCCUGGGAUUGGACGGCGCAGGGAAAACGACCAUUCUGUACCGGCUGCAGGUCGGAGAGGUGGUCACCACAAUCCCCACCAUUGGUUUUAACGUGGAAACGGUGACUUACAAAAACCUCAAGUUCCAGGUGUGGGAUCUGGGAGGGCAGACAAGUAUCAGGCCCUAUUGGCGGUGUUAUUACUCCAAUACAGAUGCAGUCAUCUACGUGGUAGACAGCAGUGAUCGGGACAGGAUGGGCAUCUCCAAAUCGGAGCUGGUUGCCAUGCUGGAGGAGGAAGAGCUGAAGAAGGCCAUCCUGGUGGUAUUUGCCAACAAACAGGACAUGGAACAGGCCAUGACACCUACCGAGGUGGCCAACUCCUUGGGUCUUCCUGCCCUCAAAGACAGAAAAUGGCAGAUCUUCAAGACCUCAGCCACCAAGGGCACAGGCCUGGAUGAAGCCAUGGAAUGGCUGGUGGAAUCCCUGAAGAGCCGGCAGUAAAAACCUGGCACCAGUCUCUGUACAUACUCCUGACCUCUGUCCCCGCUGUAUAAAAGCUCCUGAUUGAGCCCCCACCCCUACCCAGGACCAGUGACUGCACUCCUCCCCUCCCCCCCACCCGAGACCCUGGCCUUACCCUUCUACUGCCUAAUACCUUUCAAGCCUGGGACUGAGGGAAAGGCUGCAGUAACCUCUAGACUGGGCUCGCUCUCGUCCCCCACCCCACCCCAACCCCACAUGGCAUCUCUGAACUGUUAGCUGAUCUGAAGGGGAUAGACAGCGGACAGCAGUAAGGAUUGCAGCAAUCGACGGGCAGUUGAUCAGAGCUCCUUUUCCUAAUAUGUCGAGAUUUUUGCCUUUAAAUAGUCGUUUGUCAACUACUCCUUUAGAAGAGUGAAUGGACAGUUUUUUUUUUACAUUUUUUUUAAGUUCUUCAGUGUAAGUGUAAGCACUAACAUAAAUUAUCGAGGACAGACCAAUAAAUCCUCUGUGAAAGGCG